UCGCCGAUUGCAGGUCGAUGUGCCCCCCAACGCCAGUCCCCCCCCCAUACCUUUGCCCCUCAGGUCAGGGCAGGAGAUUCUCUAGAUCUCUGUGCCGCCCCCCGAGCUUUUGCGGUUGGAUGGUCAGCGUUCACUCCCCUGGCAGCGAGCAGUCCCGCGGGCACAUCAGCGAGGGCGGCGACGACGAGGGCGGCUACCUCGGGGAGGCAGAAGAGCUGACCUCCCUGAGCAACGGCCUGCGCGACCUCCUCGACCGACUCGACGUGCGACUGAGGCACGACCGCAGCAGGAUCGAGCGGAGCCAGUACGAGCUGCAGCAGGAGAGAGUCCGGUUCUCCAGCAGCCUCCAGCAGCUGCGGCAGCAGCGGGAGGACUUGCAGCAGGAGAAGGACCGGGUGCAGCUGGAGCGGGACCGGGCGCAGCAGGAGCGGGACCGGGCGCAGCAGGAAGCCGAGAGGACCUCGCGGGCGCGCGAGCUGCUGGAGCAGGAGCGCGAGGGUUUGCGCACGGCGGUGCAGGACAUCGCCCGCGAGCAGGAGCGCAGGAGGCUCACCGAGGCUGCGGCGGCGCCGCCGCCGCCGCCGGCGCCGCCGGAAGCCGUUCCGAAAGCCCCGCCGCCGGCGCCGACGGAGCCCAUGCCGAGAGCGGGCGGGCGCCGGGGCCGCCCGGGCCUUCGUCGGUCCUCGGCGGUGCUGGGAGGCUUUGAGGUUUGGAAGUUUUCGAGGCUCGAGGUGGUCG